AUGAGUAAAAAACGAUGGCGCUCACUGUUCUGGUUAGUUCUAGCCAUGAACAGUUUCCUAUGCAUCGCCGGCUUCUUCGUCGUUCCAGUGUUCCCCAAGCCAACGCCUGACCCAACAAAGAAGUUCGACAAAGUUGGCCUGGGUCUAAUCAUCACCGGCCUUCCGAUGCUCAUCUACGGUAUCGACGAUGGUGGUAAUCGUGGUUGGACCAGUCCUGAAAUCCUCAUCACCAUCAUCUUGGGCGCACUACUCGUGAUCUGCUUCCCCAUCUACGAGCGUCGCACCGACAACCCCAUUCUUCCGAAACCCUUCAUCUUCAAUCGCAACAUGAUGCUGAUGCUAUUGACCUUUGUCAUUUUCGGAGGUGGUUUCGCUACUUGGAUCCUCUUGGCCACGCAGGUCUACCUGAAUUGCCUUCGCCUGUCACCGAUUCGCUCAGCUGUUUAUCUACUGGUGAGUUUCGAGCACCUGUUCACACACAAUCAAGCACAGUAUAUGCUAACAUGA